AGCGGCCCCACAAUGCCAGGCGGGGGAGCCCCUUUCUCAGCAACACAGCACAGCAUCACUGCCUCGCCUCGCUGAGAAAAGGACGGACAGGAGAGAAAUGCAAAGGGAUGUAAGAUGGCAGAGCUACAAAUGCUAUUAGAGGAGGAAAUCCCAGCCGGUAAAAGAGCGCUUGUGGAAAGCUACCAGAACCUGUCCCGGGUAGCGGAAUACUGUGAAAACAAUUAUGUUCAGGCUCAAGACAAGAAGAAGGCCCUGGAGGAGACCAAAGCCUACACCACUCAGUCUCUGGCCAGCGUCGCCUACCAGAUCAAUGCCUUAGCAAACAAUGUGCUGCAGCUGCUGGAUAUUCAAGCCUCGCAACUACGACGCAUGGAAUCGUCCAUCAACCACAUCUCCCAGACAGUGGACAUCCAUAAGGAGAAGGUGGCACGUCGAGAAAUCGGCAUCCUGACCACAAAUAAAAACACCUCUCGUACCCACAAGAUCAUCGCGCCUGGCAACAUGGAGCGGCCGGUGCGCUACAUUAGAAAGCCUAUUGACUACACACUGCUGGAUGAUGUAGGACAUGGCGUCAAGUGGCUUAAGGCCAAGCAACAUGGGAACAAUGCAGCGGGACGAGGAGGAACCCUUUCUAGGACCAACCCGCCUUCACAGAAGCCUCCAAGCCCUCCCAUGGCUGGUCGUGGUACCCUUGGGCGUAACACUCCCUACAAGACGCUGGAGCCCGUGAAGCCUCCAGUUGUGCCAAACGACUACAUGACAAGCCCGGCCCGACUCGGCAGCCAGCACAGCCCUGCACGCACAGCUUCACUCAACCAGAGACCCAGGACACACAGUGGCAGCAGUGGUGGUAGCGGUGGCAGGGAGAACAGUGGAGGCAGUGGAGUUGGUGUCCCUCUAGCAGUUCCCACACCCUCUCCCCCCAGUAUGGGACAAGUGGCCACAUCGUCAGCCUCCGUGCCCCAGGGCCCCGGCUUGGGUCCAAUCCCCAUGUCUCAGUUUGGCACCAUCUCCCGCCAGAUCUCCCGUCACAACUCGUCCACCACCUCCUCAGCCUCGAUGGUGUCGGCCACCGGCACCUACCGCCGUGCGCCCUCUGUCUCCUCCCAGCAGCCCCAUAUCAACGGAGGCCCAGCAUACCCUCAAAACUCAGUGUCUGUGGCUCCUCCGCCUCCUCCUCCUGUGGUCCAGCUGACCCCACAGAUCCCCCUGACCGGCUUUGUGGCCAGAAUGCAGGAGAGCAUAACAGACAGCCCGGCCCCACCUCCUCCACCUCCCCCAGAGGACAUGGGUGUCUUUGAAGAGUCAGCUCCCCCUCCUCCGCCUCCACCUGUGGACUAUGAGGAAGAGGAGGCCGCAGUGGUUCACUACAGUGAUCCCUAUGCUGAUGGAGACCCCCAGUGGGCUCCCAAGAAUUAUUUAGAGAAAGUUGUGGCCAUCUACGACUACACCAAGGACAAGGAGGAUGAGCUGUCCUUCAUGGAAGGUGCCAUCAUCUACAUAAUCAAGAAGAACGACGAUGGCUGGUUUGAAGGCGUCUGCAAUGGCGUCACCGGACUCUUCCCUGGAAACUACGUUGAGUCGAUCAUGCACUAUGCUGACUAAAAAAAAGCCCCACAUGUAAUGACGCUGCAGAGGUAAAAGAGUGAAGAUGUACAGACGUAUGCAGCGCAGCGAUAGCAGUUCAUACAGCUCCUGUUUUGAAAGUGCCAUGGUGAAUUCAUAAGUAGUUUUCUUCUUUUUGGGGGAGAGGAGGGGGUUUGAUUUGCCCUUAAAAAAAAUAAUAAAGGAACAAAAAAAAAAGUGCCGCACAAAGUAGGAGGGAGUUGAAGCUUUGCAAGGCCCCGGUCUGUUAGUUUACACUGGGGAUGAAGGGAAGGAGGCAAAGGCCUUUUUUUUCUCUAUCAGUCACACAGUAGGGCUCAUCAAAUAGCAACAUUUUGCCUCACAAGAAAUUACAUACAACAAAACAACUUCAGUGGAUACAGAGUAAAUCUAGACGUGUUAAUUGAAUUCAAAUUUUUUUUUUUUUUUCAAGUAUGCAGUAGCUCCAGAAAGUGAGAAAUUGCUAGUUUUAUUGAGACAGUGUAACAUCUUUGUGAUAAAGUGCGGCACAGAUGCUCCUACUCAUUUAUUUGUACUGUAGACCAUCAGACCAGCGCUUUCCUCCUUUUGAAAAACAUCAAUCUUACAUUAUCAAAGACCCGAAAAGGACAAAUGAACGUCAUCAAGUGCAUUAGGACACAACUGAAUGUUCCGUGCCGUCGACGUCCAAAUCGCAAGGUGUUUAAAAAAAAAAGAAAAAAGGAGGAUAUAGGCCAAAUGGAGUCGUGUAUUCACUAUCCUCUCUGUGUCGGUGGGGAUGCUGUUAAAAAAGAGGGUGGAGUGAGUGUAUAGAAUGGAUCACAAAAGAGUUUCUUCUUUCUGUUCUCUAACUUGUAUAUAAACUGUAAUGUGAGAAGCUGCCAGUACAGUACAUUUGUCAGUGUGUUUCACCAGUGUUUCCAUCAGCGUCAUGUGGGGGGGUCAGGGUGCCAAGUUUGGAUGUUUUGAGGAUUUUUUUUUGUUUGUUUGUUUGUUUGUUUGUUUUUUGGGGGGGGGGGGGGGGUAUUUGUACUUGAAUAUUAAUUUUAUUCAUCACCCACAGUGCCAUUUUAAGUUUAUCCAGGCAAAGUGGUUGUGUGUAGGCAUUUAUUUUUCUAUGUUAGGUCACGACUGUAUCGUCCUGAUCGUUGUCACUAUAUCUGGUGAUGCUGUCCAGCUACUGUAGCAGAGCGCUGACAUGUUUUGUUGCUUCAUAGCGUGAAGCAGGGGAAGGACUAACUCGUGUGUUUUUCAUGUUGUUUUCCGUUGUGUUUUUGCUGCACUGAGGCGUUAUCAGUAACUGUGACGACUUUUUAUUUCCAUCACGGCUUUGUUCUCAACACCGGAGUCGCUAUCUUUGAAGUAUCAACUAACAUUUAGACGUUGUUUAUUCCUUCAGUGGUUGCUGGUGUGGUGCUUUACAUUGGUGCUCAAUAACCAUAAUCACCUACCCAAACAACCUCAAGUGCAAGGCCGCUCCACAUAGAAAUGUAACAAAGGACUUUGUUCUCAUCAUUGAUCGUUUUGAUUGUAAUCUUCGGCCUCUUUUUUGCAUUUGGAGUGAAUGUAGGUGACUCGGCAGUACUGCACUUCAGCUCGAGUCUUUUUUUUAUGUCUUUUGUCCGUUCUGUGCUACACGCGAAUGACACCUGCGAACUGCAGUGGAGGAACGGAUUUCAAUCGUUAGCUCUUAAAAGUCGCGCUGUUCCGAUUUCCGCUACAAAAUAAGAUGCCUGUUCUUGCAGAGUGAUUGUUGGUGCAAACUCGCUGUCAAAUAUCAUUGAAUAUAAUGCCUGUCUCAGAAUAUAUGUUUGUAACAAGCCGUAUAAACAUAAUCACGUGUACUUUAGAAUAAUAGGGGCAUUGAACUCGGGCUUUUAUUUUCAAAGGGAUCUAGAGGUAACAUGACUAUGACUCAUUCAUAUGGACAGUAUUCAUAAAGCAUGAAAGUAUCUAAAUGUCAUUACAGUGAAUGAUCUGCCACUACAUCCCAUUUUUGAUUGUAUUUAUUCCAUCAUGAGGUCAUUUUUUUUUUUUUUGUGAGAACUUUUUCUACCUAAUGUAUUUCUAGCUUUGCAUUCUACUUCUUUUUAUGUGUGAGACUGCUGAGGAAGGAUUCGCUAGCAGUUUGUAUGUAAAUGAUUUAUUUAUACUUUUUUCAUAGAGUAAUCAUGAGACAACCACUGAUGUGCAGAACUUUGUAAUGUUUACCACUUGACGUCUAGCAUUUCAGGGCAUCACAGGUCAAGGCGCCUUUCUUUGAUGUGCGUUUUCUUAUGAUCAAAUGUGGAAAUG